AUGAGUGCAAUAAAGCAGAAAUAUGCAAAUGCUAUGGGGUACUAUUUACCUUUUAUAAUAAAGGCAGAACACAAUACAGAGGCAACGGAUGACGAAACCAUUGAUAUCAAGGAACUAUUAGGUCAAAGACAACGAAUGAUGAACAGGAUUAUAGAGGCAACGGCUGCGUUAAUAAAGGCAAGGACCAAGACAGCAACCCGCUAA